CAGAUUUCAGGCGAUACUUCUAGUGUGACGUCUAAUGUAGUGGACGGGACACUUCAUCAACAGUAACAGCAGUUAGUCGGCCACCUCCGUAGCCAACAUUAUCGAAAACAGUCACUGUGUUUUAAACAUACUUCUGCCGUGUCUAUUUGUUGGCCCAUUUAAUGUAACGUUAAUAUUUACGUUGUUUGUCAGGUAGCUGGCUUGCUAAAUUAGUUUUUCACGAGGCUAAUCGCUAAUGCUAAGUAGCUAGCUAGUUAACAUCCCCGACCAUGAGUUCACUUAGCUACUCCACUCCUGCUGAAGAAGAGGAGGUCUGCUGGACGGAGAAAGAAGAAGAGUCUGUCACAGUUAAACAAGAAGUAGAGGAUGAGUCUGUUACAGUUAAACAAGAAGUAGAGGAUGAGUCUGUUACUGUGAAAGAAGAGAAAGAAGCUUUCAGAGUGAAAGAGGAGGAGGAAGUUACAGUGAAAGAAGAGGAGACUGUUACUGUGAAAGAGGAGGAGGCUGUUACUGUGAAAGAAGAGAAAGAAGCUUUCAGAGUGAAAGAGGAGGAGGAUGUUACUGUUAAACAAGAGGAGGAAGACGUUUUUGGAGUGAAGAUGGAGGGGGAGAUUACUGUCACGUUGAAAGAGGAAGAAGAGGAGGGGCAGAUUACUGUCACGUUGAAAGAGGAAGAAGAGGAGGGGCAGAUUACUGUCACGUUGAAAGAGGAAGAAGAGGAGGGGCAGAUUACUGUCACGUUGAAAGAGGAGGAAGAGGAGACGGGAGAUCUGAGUAACACCAGAAAGAGACCAGAUUCUCACUCCAGUAGGAAGAGAUUCUCCGAUAGCGGGAAGAGUCCUUCAGGGAAACCAGAACCAGAGACUCCCAAACCAGCAAGACGACACCACUGUUCCCAUUGUGGAAAGAGUUUUAUGAAGUUAUGGAAGCUUAAAGAGCAUGAGAGAACACACACGGGAGAAAAGCCUUACCAAUGUUCCCAAUGUGGAAAGAGUUUUACCUUGUUAGUUAACAUGAAAAGGCAUGAGAGAAUACACACAGGAGAAAAACCUUACCAAUGUUCUCAGUGUGGAAAGAGUUUUACCUUGUUAGUUAACAUGAAAAGGCAUGAGAGAAUACACACAGGAGAAAAACCUUACCAAUGUUCUCAGUGUGGCAAGAGUUUCACCCAGUUAGGGAGCCUGAAAAUACAUAACAGAAUACACUCUGGAAAGAAGUCUUACCACUGCUCCCAAUGUGGGAAGAGUUUUAACCUGUUAAAGCACCUGAAAUCACAUGAGAGAAUAGAGAGGCUGUGUUCUGACUUGUGUUUUUGACUGGGAAUUUGUGUUUUUGUUUAUGCAACUUGAAGUCAUAUUGUUUUUAUGAAACCUUACUCACAUAAAAUAUAUUUUUUUUUUUACAUGAAACCUUACUCAAAAAUAUAAAUCUAAUUGUUGAUAUGAAACCUUACUAACAUACACCUUAGCCAAAUAUAUUUAAACUCAGUUUUUCACAAUUCCUGACAUUAAAUCCUUGUAAAAAUGCCCUGUCUUAGGUCAGUUAGGAUCACCACUUUAUAUUAAGAAUGUGAAAUGUCAGAAUAAUAGUAGAGAGAAUAAUUUAUUUCAGCUUUAAUUACUUUCAUCACAUUCCCAGUGGGUCAGAAGUUCACAUACACUCAAUUAGUAUUUGGUAGCAUUGCCUUUAAAUGGUUUAAUUUGGGUCAAACAUUUUGGGUAGCCUUCCACAAGCUUCCCACAAUAAGUUGGGUGAAUUUUGGCCCAUUCCUCCUGACAGAGCUGGUGUAACUGAGUCAGGUUUGUAGGCCUCCUUGCUCGCACACUCUUUUUCAGUUCUGCCCACACAUUUUCUAUAGGAUUGAGGUCAGGGCUUUGUAAUGGCCACUCCAAUACCUUGACUUUGUUGUCCAGUUAAGUAAUUUUGCCACAACUUUGGAAGUGUGCUUGGGACCAUUGUCCAUUUGGAAGACCCGUUUGCAACCAAGCUUUAACUUCCUGACUGAUGUCAUGAGAUGCUGUUUCAAUAUGUCCAUAUCAUUUUCCUUCCUCCUGAUGCCAUUUAUUUAGUGAAGUGCAACAGUCCCUCCUGCAGCAAAGUACCCACACAACAUGAUGCUGUCACCCCCGUGCUUCACAGUUGGGAUGGUGUUCUUCAGCUUGCAAGCCUCCCCGUUUUUCCUCCAAAAAUAAUGAUGGUCAUUAUGGCCUAACAGUGCUAUUUUUCUUUCAUCAGACCAGAGGACAUUUCUCCAAAAAGUACGAUCUUUGUCCCCAUGUGCAGUUGCAAACCGUAGUCUGGCUUUUUUAUGGCAGUUUUGGAGCAGUGGCUUCUUCCUUGCUGAGCGGCCUUUCAGGUUAUGUCAAUGUAGAACUCGUUUUACUGUGGAUAUAGAUACUUUUGUACCUGUUUCCUCCAGCAUCUUCACAAGGUCCUUUGCUGUUGUUCUGGGAUUGAUUUGCACUUUUCGCACCAUAGUACAUUCAUCUCUAGGAGACAGAACGCGUCUCCUUCCUGAGCGGUAUGACGGCUGCAUGGUCCCAUGGUGUUUAUAAUUGCGUACUGUUGUUUGUACAGAACGUGGUACCUUCAGGCGUUUGGAAAAUGUUCCCACGGAUGAACCAGACUUGUGGAGGUCUACAAUUUUUUUUCUAAGGUCUUGGCUGAUUUCUUUUAAUUUUCUCAUGAUGUCAAGCAAAGAGGCACUGAGUUUGAAGGUAGGCCUUGAAAUACAUCCACAAAAAUGAUGUCAAUUAGCCUAUCAGAAGCUUCUAAAGCCAUGACAUCAUUUUCUGGAAUUUUCCAAGCUGUUUAAAGGCAAAGUCAACUUAGUGGAUGUAAACUUCUGACCCACUGGAAUUGUGAUACAGUGAAUUAUAAGUGAAAUAAUCUGUUUGUAAACAAUUGUUAGAAAAAUUACUUGUGUCAUGCACAAAGUAGAUGUCCUAACUGACUUGCCAAAACUAUAGUUUGUUAACAAUAAAUGUGUGGAGUGGUUGAAAAACUUACGACCUCAACUGUAUCUAGGAGUCCAUGCUGGUCCAUAGUCACAGCCAAUAACACAUCUCUAGGGUUCCAUAGUCACAGUCAAUAACACAUCUCUAGGCUUCCAUAGUCACAGUCAAUAACACAUCUCUAGGGUUCCAUAGUCACAGUCAAUAACACAUCUCUAGGGUUCCAUAGUCACAGUCAAUAACACAUCUCUAGGCUUCCAUAGUCACAGUCAAUAACACAUCUCUAGGGUUCCAUAGUCACAGUCAAUAACACAUCUCUAGGGUUCCAUAGUCACAGUCAAUAACACAUCUCUAGGGUUCCAUACUGGUCCAUAGUCACAGUCAAUAACACAUCUCUAGGGUUCCAUAGUCACAGUCAAUAACACAUCUCUAGGGUUCCAUAGUCACAGUCAAUAACACAUCUCUAGGGUUCCAUGGUCACAGUCAAUAACACAUCUCUAGGGUUCCAUAGUCACAGUCAAUAACACAUCUCUAGGGUUCCAUAGUCACAGUCAAUAACACAUCUCUAGGGUUCCAUAGUCACAGUCAAUAACACAUCUCUAGGGUUCCAUAGUCACAGUCAAUAACACAUCUCUAGGGUUCCAUAGUCACAGUCAAUAACACAUCUCUAGGGUUCCAUAGUCACAGCCAAUAACACAUCUCUAGGGUUCCAUAGUCACAGUCAAUAACACAUCUCUAGGCUUCCAUAGUCACAGUCAAUAACACAUCUCUAGGGUUCCAUAGUCACAGUCAAUAACACAUCUCUAGGGUUCCAUAGUCACAGUCAAUAACACAUCUCUAGGCUUCCAUAGUCACAGUCAAUAACACAUCUCUAGGGUUCCAUAGUCACAGUCAAUAACACAUCUCUAGGGUUCCAUAGUCACAGUCAAUAACACAUCUCUAGGGUUCCAUACUGGUCCAUAGUCACAGUCAAUAACACAUCUCUAGGGUUCCAUAGUCACAGUCAUUAACACAUCUCUAGGGUUCCAUAGUCACAGUCAAUAACACAUCUCUAGGGUUCCAUAGUCACAGUCAAUAACACAUCUCUAGGGUUCCAUACUCACAGUCAAUAACACAUCUCUAGGGUUCCAUGCUGGUCCAUACUCACAGUCAAUAACACAUCUCUAGGGCUCCAUAGUCACAGUCAAUAACACAUCUCUAGGGUUCCAUAGUCACAGUCAAUAACACAUCUCUAGGGUUCCAUGCUGGUCCAUAGUCACAGUCAAUAACACAUCUCUAGGGUUCCAUGGUCACAGUCAAUAACACAUCUCUAGGGUUCCAUAGUCACAGUCAAUAACACAUCUCUAGGGUU